AUGUCGGUCAAGGCUCGCCAAGGUUCAUACCUACGAAGAAUUGAAAGCUCGUGUGGCCACCAGCAAACGAAGCUGGUCCGUUGCCAAAGAGAUGGAUCGCCUCGUUUCAAGUUUGCCAACAGUUUGGUCUACUACGGAUUGACGUUGAAUUCGGGAUCGCUGGUGGGCGACCCCCAUUUGAUGCUCUUCAUCAGCGGCAUCAUCGAAGUGCCCGCCUAUCUCCUGUCGGCCAAGAUCAUUGACAUACUUGGACGUCGGCCAGUCAUCAGUUUCUGCCUCGUUUCCGGUGGUCUGGCCUGCAUCUGCACCACGUACUUUCCUCAAAGUAGCUUCGCCUGGACGACGGCCACCACCAGCGUGGUCAUGCUCGGGAAAUCCCUCAUAUCCAUUUCGUUUGCCAUCGUCUACAAUUACACGGCCGAGCUCUUCCCAACGGUGGUUCGUAGUUCGGCGGUUGGUAUCGGCUCGACUUCCGCCAGAGUUUCCGGCACUUUAACUCCGCUUAUCUUCCUAUUGGAUUCAUUGGACCCGAAAUUACCAUCCGUCUUGUUUGGUAUAGUGGCUCUAGCCGCCGGCUUCUUCUCGCUGUACCUGCCCGAGACUCGAGACAGCCCGCUGUUGCACACUCUGACAGAAGGCGAGGAAUUUGGCGUCGGAGAUACGGGCUUCGCUCGACUCUGCGGGGGCAAUAAGUCUCCGCUAGAUAAUGAACGAGUAUUUGAGACCGCCGCCUCGACGGCCAACAUCAUCCAGCUCGAAUCGCAAAAAGAAUGA